AAGUAAGCUGGUGUCGUCUCGCGAUAACAGCGCCUUCGAGCAGCCGCCAUAUUCUGCGUGAGUAUUUUGAUUCGUGUCUUCUGAAGUGAAGAAUUAGAGAAAAGUGAGGGGUUAGUGAACAGAGGGGACCGAAGACGAGCAGCUGUCAGACAUUUAUCCCCACGUCUCUGUCAAACAGAAGAGGACCGAGGCUCGUCCCUCGCCGGCCUAACUGAAGACACGGGCCCGGGGCCUUGCAGUUUUUGGCUUUUCUUCUCCCUGCCAGUAACUGGACCCGUUCGGCUUCUUGUUCCAAGCUCCGCGGCCCUUCGGAGCUCCCAACGGCAGUCUCGGUUGUUGAAGGCGCCCCGGAGAGCGGCAGUAGGGACCGGAUGUUCAGACAUUCAAAAUGCUGCUGACGUUCCAGUGUGCUGAACAGAACAAUUUGUCCUGACCCGGCAACCUACGAAUGGCCCAGGGAAACCAUCAAAUUGACGUUCAGGUUUUGCAUUACCUGUGCCAGAAGUUCCCUGAAGUCCCAGAAGGUGUUGUCUCCCAGUGCGUUCUGCAGAACAACAACAAUUUAGAUGCAUGCUGUGAACACUUGUCCCAGGUCAGUCCAGGCUACCAUCACAGUGAAGAAGGCAAUCUGAGCUUUUCAGAAGAUCUCGGCUCCCCCAGGCUACGUAAUCACAUGACCCAGCUGAACCUGGGCUUCCAGUCGCAGAAUGUGCAUGUGGCUCCUGUUCAGGACAACCUUAGGAUGAACGGCAGCCGAACUCUAGCCCACAGCAUGAGUGACGGGCCCCUCCAGACAGGCCAGGCCCCAAACAGUGACUUCUUUCAGCAUGAGCCCCAGUCAGCUCCCGUUCAGGUUCCCUCUACUCACAACGUGUUUGGUGUUAUGGAGCCCACACAGAAGCCGCAGCCUCCACAGCACCUUGGACUUUACCCCCUGGCAGUAAAAGGAUCAGCCAUGGGUCCGCAGCAUACUCCACGCUUCAACCCCAUCACCGUCACACUUGCUCCUAAUCCUCAGACAGGCCGCAACACACCCACGUCUUUGCACAUACACGGCGGGCCACAGUCCGGCCUCAGCAGUCCACAGGGUAACUCCAUCUACAUCCGCCCUUAUGUUAGCCAGUCUAGUACAACCCGGCAGAGCCAGCAGCAGGGAGGCAGGGCUCAGUACAGCCCCACCUCUCAACCCCAGCAACAGUUCUACCAAAUCUCACAGCUGUCUCACGUCUACAUGCCCAUCAGUUCCCCCACAAACCCCCAGGUACCCUGCAUCCCUUCAAAUGCAGGUCCGGCAUUCUCUUCUGGUGCCUCCUCGUGCUGUCCUUCGUCUUCCUCCUCCUCUGUCAUGCCCACCUCCCUGUCUACAAUUAGCCAGUACAACAUCCAGAACAUCUCCACUGGGCCUCGUAAAAAUCAGAUUGAGAUUAAACUCGAAUCUCCUCAGAGGAAUAAUUCCACCACAGCUGUGCUGCGGACAAACAGUGGACCUCGAUCGUCCUCCGCCGCUUCUGUCUGUCCCUCCUCUUCCUCCUCUUCAACCAGCGUGGCUACUGUCCCCACCACCUCUCUGUCCAUCGGCGGUCCGAGGUGCAGCCAGCCCACAGUUUUCAUCUCUGCGGGCUCACCUACAGCUGCUUCUGCUCCCUGUGAGGAGGCUGCUGUGGUCUCUGCUGGCUCCCGGUCCCAGCCCAAGUUUUAUAUUUCUGCUAAUUCCUCCAAUGAUGAUGGUGGGGCAAGAAACCCUCCGACAGUCUACAUAUCGGCAAACCCUCCCUUACAGGGGCCCUCAGGGGCCAGAAACAUGAGCAUGGGCCCUGCCUACAUUCACCAUCACCCACCUAAGUCCAGAGCCUUGGCGGGAGGUGCGAAUGCGGCCUCUUCACCUCGUGUGGUGGUGACUCAGCCCAACACCAAGUACACAUUUAAAAUCACAGUGUCACCUAACAAACCACCAGCCGUGUCUCCUGGAGUCGUGUCCCCAACCUUUGAGCCCAACAACCUUCUCAGCCUCCCGUCUGACCACCAUUUUGUGGAGCCAGAGCCGCUUCACCUCUCAGACCCGCUGUCCCCCCACAGGGACAGGCCAAGUGAGCCUCGUAGACUCAGCAUGGGCUCUGAUGAUGCAGCUUAUACUCAAGCCCUGCUGGUUCAUCAGAAAGCUCGAAUGGAGCGACUCUGGCACGAGCUGGAAAUGAAGAAGAAGAAGUUGGAGAAACUAAAAGAGGAGGUGAACGAAAUGGAGAACGACCUGACCAGGAGACGCUUGGAGAGAUUGAAUUCAGCCUCCCAUAUUCCUUCGAUUGAUGAAAUGAAGCAUUUAAGAAGCAAGAACCGAGCUCUCCAGAUCGACAUAGACUGUCUCAGCAAAGAGAUCGAUCUCCUCCAGACUAACGGACCUCACCUGAACCCCAGUGUGAUCCAUAACUUCUAUGACAACCUUGGCUUCCUUGGUCCGGUCCCGCCCAAACCCAAAGACUCCAGCAGUAAGGCUGUGAAGCCCAGUGCAGACCAGGAGGAGGAUGAGGGCGUCCAGUGGAGCUGCACCGCCUGCACUUUCCUCAACCACCCCGCCCUGAACCGCUGUGAACAGUGCGAGUUCCCGCGGCACAUCUGAGCCUCGCGGGCCUGCCUGCCGGAGGUGGCGGUGGAACGUUGUCUCCUCGUCUCUGUCUGUUUGCUGUCUGCUGAAUGGUGUUUACAGCUUCAGGUUGUUCUUAGGAGUUGGAUGAUACCUCACCCGAGAGACUCGGAAUGCCUCCCACUUUUCUGCUCAACAGGUGACCUUUGACCCCCGAGGGUACGCUGCUGCUCUCCUACAGUAUUACCCCAUGGCCAGGCCGUGGCUUGACCUGGGAGGGACUAGAACGUGUGUUUGCUGUUAACCUAAACACGCCGCCCCACCGUGUCCCUGUGGGGGCGUCGUGAGACUGAACGGAGUCGCGUGCGUUUUACGCCGUCGUGGAGGCAGACGCUCCCUGAGCUCUUCGCUGUACAUAAUCUGAGAACAUUGUCUUCCUCUCUAUGAAUCAUUUGUAUUUCCUGUAAGCAUAGAUCUAUAGAUGUUGAUAACUCCGUUCCUCUAGGUGACGAUCUCGUUCUCAGCUCCGUGCGGGAUGGCCGAAGCUUUUCAGAAUAAGAGCCUCUCGGUCUACGGCUUGUUUAUUUGCUUGGUUUCCUGUUACUAGUUUGUUGGUGUGAGGAAGAUAA